AUGAGAAGUCACUAUGAAGUGUUACAAGUAGAGAUAAAUGCGAGCCAGGCUGAAAUACGUUCGAAGUAUCUAAUAAAAGUCAAAGAAAGCCAUCCUGAUCGUAGUGGAUCGAACGAGGAAGUCAUUGAGCUUUACAAAGCAUAUGAAUGCCUAUCCGAUGACCAAAAGAGGCGAGAGUACGAUGAGAAGCUAUCAAAAGAUAAUAUCGUUAAUAGAAUUUACCCGCAAGUAUCACUCGACCAGUUUGACGUUAGCGAGGAUGAAGAAACGUUCAGCCUACCAUGUAGAUGUGGGAACGAGUAUAUUGUCACUGCAGACGACCUCGAAAGUGGACUGGAGUUGCUAAGUUGUACUGGAUGCACAGAGAGGGUGCACGUACUCUAUGAGAUGGUAGUGGAGUAG